AUUCUUCAAAGCAAUAGAUAUUUCUUCAUCAAGCUUUCUCAUUUAUGAAGGCCAACCUCUGACCACGCUACACUGUCACCUUGCCUUCCCAAUAUGCCCUUCUCUCUCUCCUGGCUUUCAUAUAAAGAGUCUUUACCGCAAAAUAUUUGGUGAAAAUUUGGGGAAAGUAAAGCUUCUCAUGUUCUAUACAGAGACAAAAGAGUUCUUCGUUUGGGCUGUUUCCUUUGUUGGCUUUCUUGGACCAGCAAAGACAGACAAGGUGAGUUCACGUUCUCUCUUGAAACCCAAAAACCUUCAUGGUCCUCAAACCAUGUGUGUUCUGUGAAUAGUGGUUUUCAGCCAACAGAUAUUUCCAGUCAUUUUUGGGGGGUUCUGGUUACAGCAAGGGCUCCCUUGGUUUUGCAGUAAGUGUUGUUUCUGGGGGAGUUUUGGCUCAUUAAUCAUCUUUUCUUGAAACCCACAAACCGCUCUCAGCUGGGUUCUGGCGGUGGUGGUGGUGGUACUCGGGCUUUAAUGGAGUUGCAGAAGCCAUAAAAGUAGUAUUUAACUUGAACCAGAACCAUUUAUGUUACUGGGAUGGUGGCUUUGAAGUUGUGAGAGAGUUUUGAGGUUGUUGGAGGGUUCUGGGUUGAGUUUUCUCUUUCUUAUUUCUGAGUGUUAGGACCUUAUCUCCAAUGGGUUUUGGUUCCUUGGGUUUUCUUCUGGUUCUAACACUGUUCUUCAGGCCUUUACCUUGUCAACAACCCAAUACGGAUGGGUCCUUUGUGUUGGAUUUCUUGGAGAAGAUGGGUUUAACAUCUUCUCAAGUUUACAACUUUUCUAUCCCCUUUUGCUCAUGGCCAGGAGUCUUCUGUGAUGCCAAAGAAGAAAAUGUUGUGGGGUUGGUGGCUUCCGGGUUGGGUCUAUCUGGUUUGAUUCCUGACACCACCAUUGGAAAACUCAGCAAGCUUCAGUCUUUGGAUCUCAGCAACAACAAAAUCACUGGUUUGUCUUCAGAUUUCUGGAGUUUGGGCUCACUCAAGGCCCUUAAUCUCUCAAGUAACCUGAUUUCUGGGUCCCUUCCUAGCAACAUAGGCAAUUUCGGUGUACUUGAAAUCUUGGAUCUUUCAAACAACAAUUUCUCUGGGGAAAUUCCCGCUGCUAUAAGCUCCCUCACCAGUCUGCAAGUUCUUAAACUUGAUCACAAUGGUUUUGAAUGGAAUAUUCCAUUGGGGAUUCUCAAUUGCCAAUCUCUUGUUUCAAUGGAUCUCUCUUUCAACCGGUUUAAUGGAACAGUUCCUGAUGGCUUUGGUGCUGCAUUUCCUAAGAUCAGAAUUUUGAACCUUGCUGGGAAUGAGAUUCAUGGCCGGGUUUCAGAUUUCUUGGAACUGAAAUCCAUCACAGUUCUAAACAUUUCCAGGAAUCAGUUUCAGGGUUCUGUAAUGGCUGUUUUUCAGGAGCCACUGCAGGUCAUUGACCUGAGUAAAAAUCACUUUCAGGGUCACAUUUCUCAGGUACAUUCUAAUUCUAGCUUCAAUUGGUCUCAUUUGUUUUACCUAGACUUGUCUGAGAAUGAUCUCAGUGGAGAAAUUUUUCAUUAUUUGAAUGAGGCCCAAAAUCUCAAAUACCUCAACCUUGCACACAAUCGGUUUUCUGAACAAGAAUUCCCACAAAUUGGGAUGCUCUUCAGUUUAGAAUAUCUUAACCUGUCUGAAACUAGACUCACAGGUCCCAUUCCCACCGACAUCUCACAAUUAAGUAGUUUGAAUACGCUAGACCUUUCCAAGAAUCAUCUUAGUGGUCAAGUUCCUCUCCCCAGUAUCAAAAACCUUCAAAUUUUUGAUAUUUCACACAACAACUUGAGUGGAGAAAUCCCAUUGUCACUCUUAGAGAAACUUCCAUGGAUGGAGAGAUUCAACUUCUCUUACAACAACUUGAGCCUCUGCUCUUCAGAGUUCUCACAGGAAACUCUCCAAACAUCCUUCCUUGGUUCUACAGACAGCUGCCCAAUUGCUGCAAACCCUGCUUUCUUCAAAAAAAAAACCCCAAGACAUGAUGGGCUCAAGCUUGCUUUGGUUUUAACCCUCUCAAUGAUCUGUUUAUUCGUGGGAUUGCUAUUUCUAGCCUUUGGUUGCAGAAGGAAAACCACCAUGUGGGCAGUGAAGCAACUAUCAUAUAAAGAAGAGCAAACUAUUUCUGGUCCUUUUUCAUUCCAGACGGAUUCAACCACUUGGGUAGCUGAUGUUAAGCUUGCAACAUCUGUUCCAGUGGUAAUUUUCGAGAAGCCACUGUUAAAUUUCACAUUUGCAGACCUCUUGUCUGCAACCUCAAAUUUUGAUCGGGGUACGCUAUUGGCUGAAGGGAAGUUUGGACCUGUUUAUAGAGGAUUUCUACCUGGUGGGAUUCAUGUAGCAGUAAAAGUUUUGGUCCAUGGCUUUACCAUGACAGACCAAGAAGCUGCUAGAGAGCUGGAGCACCUUGGUCGUAUCAAGCAUCCUAAUCUUGUUCCAUUGACAGGAUACUGCUUAGCUGGGGAUCAAAGGAUUGCUAUUUAUGAGUACAUGGAGAAUGGCAAUUUGCAGAACUUGCUUCAUGACUUACCACUUGGGGUUCAAACAACAGAGGAUUGGAGUACAGAUACAUGGGAAGAAGAUGACAACCAUGGGAUCCAAAAUGUUGGAUCUGAAGGGCUGUUAACAACAUGGAGAUUUCGUCACAAAAUUGUACUAGGCACUGCCCGUGCACUGGCAUUUCUCCACCAUGGCUGCUCACCUCCAAUAAUUCACAGGGAUGUUAAAGCUAGUAGUGUAUACCUCGACACAAACUUAGAGCCAAGAUUAUCUGAUUUUGGCUUGGCUAAGAUUGUUGGAAGUGGAUUAGAGGAUGACAUCUCUCGUGGGUCACAGGGCUACAUGCCCCCAGAGCUAUCUGAUCCAGAAUCUGGGACCCCAACACCAAAAUCUGAUGUUUAUGGAUUUGGCGUUGUUCUCUUGGAGCUAAUUACCGGGAAAAAGCCCAUUGGAGAUGACUAUCCAGAGAAAGAAUCAAGUUUGGUGAAUUGGGUGAGAGGAUUGGUGAGAAAGAACCAGGGAUCAAGAGCUAUUGAUCCAAAAAUUCGUGGAACAGGACCGGAUGCCCAAAUGGAGGAGGCCUUGAAGAUUGGAUAUCUCUGCACCGCAGACCUUCCCUCAAAGCGGCCUAGCAUGCAGCAGAUAGUUGGACUUCUUAAAGAUAUUGAACCAGUUGCGCAUCGCUAAAGGAAAAUUGACGUUGGUCUUUUGCUCUUUCCGUUAUCUAUUCAUUUCCUUUUGCAUGAGUUCUUUCUAUAUAUGCUGCCAUGGGAGGAAAUGUACAGUAGUCCCAAGACAUGUUCUGGACUUUGGUUUCUCAUUUCACCUUCCCAUUGUUGAUGGCAGAAAAGCUUAAUUUAUAUACACAGAAGUUUGAUCCAUGAAAGGUAGCAUUCUUCUGAA